AGCAAGCCAGAGGGUCCUCCAUGGCAAGUUUCAUGGCCCUGAAAGUGGAAUUUAACUUUGUGAUUCUUCCAAGCACAGACUGAGCUUCGCUGGCAGUACCAGAAGAGCUCUUUCCCGGCCUCACCCCCAGUUUUCUGCUGCCCCCGAGGCCAGUUAUUAUGUAACCUAAGCACUGUUUAGCCCUGGCUUGGGGUGGCUUCGGGGACUGAACCUGCAACCUUGGAUCCUCAGGCAUGCGAUUCUUUUCCAUUACCACUAUGGUGUCUCCUCCGCCCCAGACUGUUCCAGCUAAGCCUGAGCGUCUGCAUUGAUUGUGCUUUUGUGACAAAAGGAACCAGCCUCCACAGGGAGCUGAAGAAGGACAGAAUGCUGAGCGCCCUCGAAGAGGAGACGCAGCCAUGAAGGUGCACGCACACACCAAGUUCUGCCUCAUCUGCCUGCUGACCUUCGUGCUCCACCACUGCGGCCGCUGCCACGGGAAGCACGAGCGCUGCCCGGAGGAGGAGGAGCAGCGCCGCCACCACCACCCCCCGCCCCGCGGCGCGGCCGAGCCGGAGCCCGGCAACUUCUCGGUGGAGGCCGCCAGGAUGAAGUUCUACGUCGGCAAACUGUUUGAGCGCUACGGGGAGGAUGGUAGGCUGUCCUUCCUCGGGCUGGAGAGACUGCUGACCAACCUGGGCCUCGGGGAGAUCAAAGUGGUGGAGAUCGGCCACGACCACCUGGGCCACGACCACCUGUCUCACCUGGACCUGCUGGCGGUGCAGGAGGGGCGGCACCUCCAUGCGCACGGCCACCCGCUCCCCCGGGGCCGGCUGGGCUCUGGCUCGGAGAACCAGACCGAGAGGAGCCGGCGGUGCGACCCCGAGAAAGAGAAAGAGGCCGCCGAGGACAGACGCGACCGCGAGCACAGCCGCCACGUGUGCCGCCGCCACUGCCCGCAGCAGCGCCCGGACCACGCCGCCGCCCGCCACUCCCGGGACGGAGACGCCGCGGCCCCCGGCGGGCACGGGCAGGGGCACGGGCAGGGGCAGGGCCAGGAGCAGGGCCCGGAGCAGCCCGGAGGCCGGCCGGCCAAGCGGAGCAGGAAGGACGAGCGCAGGAGGAAGGGCGGCGAGGGCGCGGCAGACCCGGCAGGCGGCCCCCCCGAGCACGAGCAGGCCAAGAGGCACCGGCACAACGGCGUCCACAAGGCCGAGCGCGCACACGGACACGCACACGCACACGCACAGGACUUCGCCCCGGGCAGCCAGGGCAGCGAGGACAGGCCGAGGAGCGCGAGGAAGCGGGAAGCCGCCCACGGCGAGCGGCGGGGCCACGGCGAGGACGGCCCGCGGCCGGAGUGUCUGAACGCCACUCAGCUGCUGAAGCAUUACGGCCAUUGCUCCGGCGCGCCUAUCUCACCUCUCUUGUUUACGCACCUUUGCCCCGCGCUGUUAUAUCAGAUUGACAACAGACUCUGCAUUGAGCAUUUUGACAGACUUUUAGUUGAAGAUUUAAAUAAGGAGAAAAGUCUGGUUUCUGACGACAAGGCAAAUAUUGGGGCAUCAGCCUGGAUCUGUGGCAUCAUCUCCAUCACCGUCAUCAGCCUGCUGUCCUUGCUGGGUGUCAUCCUGGUCCCCAUCAUCAACCAGGGCUGCUUCCAGUUCCUUCUCACCUUCCUCGUCGCACUGGCUGUGGGGACGAUGAGUGGAGACGCCCUUCUUCAUCUGCUGCCUCACUCUCAGGGUGGUCACGACCACAGCCACCAACAUGCACAUGGACAGGAACACUCGCAUGGACACGAAUCCAAGAAGUUUCUGGAGGAGUAUGACGCCGUGCUGAAGGGACUCGUUGCUCUGGGAGGCAUUUACUUGUUAUUUAUUAUUGAGCACUGCAUUAGAAUGUUUAAGCACUACAAACAGCAAAGAGGAAAACAGAAAUGGUUUGCGAAGCAGAGCGCGGAAGAGCCAACUAUUGGGAGGAAGCUCUCAGAUCACAAGUUGAACAACACGCCUGACGCAGACUGGCUUCAGCUCAAGCCUCUCGCGGGCACAGACGACUCCGUCAUUUCUGAAGACCGACUGAACGAGACGGAACUGACAGACUUGGAGGCCCAGCACGAGUCCCCUCUGAAAAACUACCUGUGCGUGGACGAGGAGAAGGUGGCGCACCGCGCCCAGGGCGACGGGCCGCAGAACCACCUGGAGCCGGGCAGGCCCGCGCCGAGCAAGCAGGGGCCCCAGCGGUACCUCAAGCACGCGCGCCACUCGCACGGGCCCUGCCACUCGGGCUCCGACCUCAAGGAGACGGGCAUCGCCAACAUCGCCUGGAUGGUCAUCAUGGGGGACGGCAUCCACAACUUCAGCGACGGCCUGGCCAUCGGGGCGGCUUUCAGCGCUGGGCCGACAGGGGGGAUCAGCACGUCCAUCGCCGUCUUCUGCCACGAGCUGCCCCACGAAUUAGGUGACUUUGCAGUUCUUCUGAAAGCAGGCAUGACGGUCAAGCAGGCGAUCGUGUACAACCUGCUGUCCGCCAUGAUGGCCUACGUCGGCAUGCUGAUAGGCACGGCCGUGGGCCAGUACGCCAACAACAUCACGCUCUGGAUCUUCGCAGUCACCGCGGGCAUGUUCCUCUACGUGGCCUUGGUGGACAUGCUCCCGGAAAUGCUACAUGGGGACGGAGACAGCGAAGAGCACGGCUUCUGUCCGCUGGGGCAGUUUGUCCUGCAGAACCUAGGGCUGCUGUCCGGCUUUGCCAUCAUGCUGGUGAUCGCGCUGUACGAAGACAAGAUCGUGUUCGACAUCCAGUUCUGACCACGCGUCCCCGGCUCCCCCGGCCUGGGCACACCGCACAGGGCGCCCCCGGCUGCGUGACGUCCGGGCCCACGGGGAGCUGAGCCCGACCACGGGAGGCCGCCGCCCGGUGCUGCUCUGCCCUGUGCCAGCGGGUCUCUGAAAAACAGACAGCUUGGGAUACGGGAGAAAAUGGGGUCCGAGGAAGCGGUGUUGCUGUCGGUUUGAGUGAGACUUUUUAAAAAACAAACAGAAAAUCAUAUAGAAACACUAGUCUAUUAGUAGAAAUGUCUGUGGCUGUGCAGACCUAGAACUCGAACCAAAACAAGAAAAAAAUCACCUAAACGUUGAACAUAUUUUCAGUGGACUUUGGACAGACUUGGCUCUGUGCCGAAAGGGUCGCUCGUGGCCUGCGCACGGGAGGUCGGCGCCGAAGCCUCCAGCUCGAGCUGCGCGUCCAGACGUGAGGGCGCCGGGGGCUGCGGCCGCGUGUGGACUCAGCGCUGGGAAGAACCCUUAUUCUUGAAUCUAGAGUUACUAUUUUUGUAUAUAUUUGCAUAGUGUUUAAACUUGCAGCCUAAACUACUGAAAUUUGUGGUUGUAUGUUUGUGUGAGCUUCAAUUUAAUGAAAGAUUCAUAAUGGUUCUUUGUAUUAUUAUUAUACUUGGUGUUUGGGGUUUUUUUUUUUCAAACUUUAAUUUUUUUUUAAUGGGUGUUUGUGGGGGUGAAGGAUUGAAGCUUGUGGUCAUCCUUUUGUUUUUUAAUUAAAAUUGUAACCCUCUAGAAAAUCCCAGAGAACUGAAGAGCCCGUGCUAUGGUCUAAGCGUUCACUUUCCCUACACUCACAGCAGUAGCUACUUGUCCGGGAAUCAAUCUAAACACGGGUCGCGCUUUGCCGGUUUGGCCCUGGAGCCAAGAGCACAUGCCUGCGGCGGGCAGAAAGGUUGCAAGGCUGAAAAUUCAAGUUGACGCGCCCACUGUCUUGUCCACACGUGUCAAAGUGUUAUCAGGAGGGUCCCUGCCAGCAUGGCUGCUGUGGGAGCCAGUGAGGAGUGUGUACUGAAACAGCUGAAGGCGCUCUGACCACUUUUGUGCCAAGCUCGCUACCGGUACCUGGCAGGGAAGUGUCCCCGUCAGGUGCCCGGUUCUCUGACCAUAACCGGGUGUGAUUACUGUGAGGGGCAGGCCCGUUUCCCCGAGCCUUGCCUGCCCUGGGCACCCACAGCCCCCAGCCCUGUGCGUGGAGCGCUGUUCACCUCCGGAGCCGCGAGCGGGCUUCCGUUCAGGCCCGAUCGGUCAGCUUGUGGAACUCUGUGCAGACAGCUGUUCCUCCUUGGUGACCGUGUCGGUCGCCGCUUUAAAAAUCUGUUACAAGAGCCAAACUUGAUCCAUUCCAUUCACACUUUUCCUUCUAGUCUAAUCCUCCUUUUCCAAGUUCCUUUCCUCUUUCUCCAUGAACUUAGCAGAGAGAGAGAGAGAGAGAGAGA